CAAACUUCCGCUUUUUGCUCGGCUUCUGCUUUCGCGCAAAGGUGAGCGACUGUGUCCCACCCAAAAAAAUCUGUGAAGGCAUCAUUUGUUCGGUCGGAGGUCGCACCCGAACGCGAGAGCAGGAGGAGGGCUGCAGUCGGGAAGAAACAGCGCUUUGUCCGCAGAGCAGGAGAAAGUGGGACGAUGGAAACGGUAGAAAACGCAGCAGAAUAGAAGACGGUCGCCUCCUCAGAACAAGUUCUGGAUAAUGUCACUGUCAGCAUUGACAGGAAGUCCCACAUCACUGAGAGGCCGUGAGACUGACUGCAUUCACUAACUUUCAUGAGGAUAAGCAGUGAUAAUAAGUGAGCGCUAGGGCUACUUGAUGCAGGUUAAAUACACAGCGGGUUCCCGUCCGUCCAUAAAGCAACCUAAUCCAUUAGUCUCGGUCUGUUGUAAUAGUUUGGUGAGUUUCCCUGCCUGUCCAUGUGUAAAGGCAUGAUAAUCCCAUGUGUCAGCCGGAGUUAGCGGUCGUUCCUCUCCCACAUCUCCUGUUUGUGUUGCACUUCUGCAGCACAGUGUGACUCACAUGUGUUGACAGUGUGCGAUUCCACAGGAAGCUGCAUAGGGACGCGUUGUGUUGUGUAGCUUUCCUGAAGAGAGGUAUCGCACUAAAUGCCUCCUCUGUGGGACAGGGCUGAAGUCCUUCUGUCCAUGAAAGGCCACGCUCAUGGUGUCAAGUCGUGGUGUUGACUUUGGCAGCGGUCCUUUUCCACGUAUUCCGCCUUAUAACUACAGAGGUUGUUGUAUUUACAGCCUCAGUGAUUCCGAUCGUCUCACUUCUUCAGGGCAUCACAUGCUUCAUCUUCAUCCCGUUUCCACAGAAGAGGAAUUUGGCUCAUCAUUGUCGCAUAAGGGAUGAAUGAGGGCCGUUCCGCCCUCUUCAGACGGGGCCACCUGGCCAAGGCCCACGCCCACGGGUCGGACGCCUCCUCCGGAGCGGCGCUGUCCGUGGACGCGGGCGAUGGCGCGGCCCCUCAACCCGAGGGCAACGGCGCCUUCCCGCUGUCGGAGCUCUCGAACCUGUUCGAGAGCGCGGACGGCGCCCAGGACGCGGGCGCGGACGCGGCCCCGGAGGCGGUGCAGCCCGAGCCCGCUGACGGCAGGCCCAACCUGCGCAUGAAGUUCCACGGCGCCUUCAAGAAGGGCAUCUCCACCCCCAUGGACCUGCUGGAGUCCACCAUAUACGAGUCAAGCGUGGUUCAGGGGCCCAAGAAGGCGCCAAUGGACUCGCUGUUCGUCUACGGCACCUACAGCAGCGCCAGCAACCAGAAGAGACGCAGGAAGAAGGUUCCCAAAGGUAAAACCGAGGAACCUGGUGUUGAUGGCUCAGAUUCACCGGCGUCGGAGCCUCCAAAGGUGAAGAGAACGUUCAACCGCAGCAUCCUCUUCGACCACGCGUCACGCGCCGACCCCGAGGCGCUCGAUGGCCUGUUGGACUACCUGCAGAGCAACGAGAAGAGGUUAACGGAUGAGGAAUUCAGAGAGCCUUCCACAGGUAAGACCUGUCUCCCUAAAGCGCUGCUCAACCUUUACGGCGGGAGGAACGACACCAUCCCGCUGCUGGUGGACGUCGCGGAGAAGACGGGGAACCUGAGGGAGUUCAUCAACUCGCCCUUCAGGGACGUCUACUACAGGGGCCAGACGGCGCUGCACAUCGCUAUAGAGCGGCGCUGCAAGCAGUACGUGGAGCUGCUGGUGGAGAAGGGAGCUGAUGUUCACGCCCAGGCGAGGGGACGCUUCUUCCAGCACAAAGACGAGGGAGGCUACUUCUACUUUGGUGAGCUGCCUCUCUCGCUGGCCGCGUGCACCAACCAGCCCGACAUCGUGCACUACCUGACGGAGAACCCGCACAAGAAGGCCGACCUGCGGCGGCAGGACUCGCGCGGGAACACGGUGCUGCACGCGCUCGUGCACAUCGCCGACAACACCAAGGACAACACGCGCUUCCUCACCAAGAUGUACGACCUGCUGCUGAUCAAGAGCGCCAAGCUGUACCCGGACUGCAACCUGGAGGCGGUGCUCAACAACGAGUCCAUGUCGCCCCUCAUGAUGGCCGCCAACCUGGGCAAGACCGGGGUGUUCCAGCACAUCAUCCGGCGCGAGGUCAAAGACGAGGAGGUCCGUCACCUGUCGCGCAAGUUCAAGGACUGGGCCUACGGGCCGGUGUACUCGUCCCUCUACGACCUGUCGUCGCUGGACACGUGCGGACAGGAGCCGUCCGUGCUGGAGAUCCUGGUCUACAGCAGCCGCAACGAGAACCGCCACGAGAUGCUGACGGUGGAGCCCAUCAACGAGCUGCUGAGGGCCAAGUGGCAGAAGUUCGCCGCCGUCACCUUCUACACCAGCGUGGUCUCCUACCUCGUCGCCAUGGUUACCUUCACCCUGGUGGCCUACUUCCAGCCGUCGGAGGGAAUGCCCCCGCACACCUACACCACGUCCGCCGACUACCUGCUGAUGGCCGGGGAGAUCAUCACCCUGGCCUCGGGGGUCUUCUUCUUCAUCUCCAACAUUAAGGACCUGUUCAUGAAGAAGUGUCCUGGGGUGAAGUCCUUGCUCAUCGAUGGAUCCUUUCAGCUGCUGUUCUUCAUCUAUUCUGUCCUGGUUCUGGUCACAGCUGCUCUCUACCUGUGUGGCAUCGAGGCCUAUUUGUCUGUGAUGGUGUUUGCGCUCGUCCUGGGCUGGAUGAACACACUCUACUUCACCAGAGGCGUGAAGCUCACCGGCACCUACAGCAUCAUGAUACAGAAGAUUCUUUUCAAAGACAUUUUUAGAUUUCUGCUGGUGUACGUGCUCUUCAUGAUCGGGUACGCGUCAGCCCUGGUGUCUCUGCUGACUGCGUGUCCCACCUCGGGCCCCGAGUGUGACAACGGCUGCCCCACGUACCCGAAGUGCAGGGACACCGACACCUUCAGCGUCUUCCUGCUGGACCUUUUCAAGCUCACCAUCGGGAUUGGAGACAUGGACCUGAUGCAGAGCGCGAAGUACCCGGGCGUCUUCCUCAUCCUGCUGGUGACUUACAUCAUCCUCACGUUCGUGCUGCUGCUCAACAUGUUGAUCGCGUUGAUGGGGGAGACGGUGGGAGCCGUGUCCAAAGAGAGCAAGAAGAUCUGGAAGCUUCAGUGGGCGACAACCAUCUUGGACAUUGAGCGCUCGUUCCCAGUCUGCCUCCGUAAGUAUUUCCGCGUCGGGGAGAUGGUGACCGUGGGCAUGAAGGUGGACGGGACACCGGACCGGCGCUGGUGCUUCAGGGUGGACGAGGUGAACUGGUGCCACUGGAACCAGAACCUGGCCAUAAUCAGCGAGGACCCAGGCAAGAGCGAGACGAGCCAGGCCCCCGGGCAGAGCGUCAGAGCGCUGAGGAGAGAUCGCUGGACUACCGUGGUCCCACGCGUGGUGGAGUUAAAUAAGGGGCAACGGGCUCGGGAAUCUGUGAUCGAGAUGGAACGACUGGCACCCGGGUACUGACGCUGGUCCGGUCCGGUCCUCCUCAGAACCAGUGGCCAGUCUGCACCUGGACAAAAAGUGCACUCAUUUCCACGAACCUCACGUGCCUGUUGUUCAGAGAACGUCCUGCAAACGUUCAACUGGAACGGGACUGUACAUGGACACUGGAGCGACUGCAACUUUAAACCCUGGAGGUUUUAAAAUACAAGUUUCUGCAAGUUGUACAUUUGAAACAUAAGAAGCUAGACUCUCAGGGAUCCAACUAUUUCAGACACAAACAACAAACCGAAUGAAGGAUUCAUAACUAUGGCAUCUACCAGUAUAAUCACAAAGGGAGAUAUAUUUUAAGAAAAUAUUCUGUGUCUAGCUUUAUGUGCAGUUUUAGCUUUUAGUAAGAUGUCAUCAUGAUAGUGUAGUGUAUUGAAUGUCAUUGUACAGACUGUGGGGACUCUGUACAGAAACAGGAAAUAUCUAUUUUAUAUAAUGUCUUUUUUUCUAUUUUCUAUACGUAUUAAUUAGUUUCAAAACUCAGAGUCUGAGUCGUGGACUGUCAGCGCAGGCAGCACAGCUUUCAUUUGAACUGAAACAAUGCACUAUGCCAAUUUGUGAUGUGUGCAUUAUUAUUUGGAUAAAAAGACAUUGUUCUUAACAAGAUGGGCAUGAUGAGCAGGUUAGAGUUGUCAAGCAAAUAUGCAAAUACCAGACAAUGGCUCCGUGCUACGGUUCGUCUUUGAAUUUCCAGAGGUAUUGUUCUUUUGCAGCUGGGGUAUUUGCAUAAUCAACUCUCAGACCUUGCCAGCGCGCACGUCCCCUGUUUUCGGCAGUGUUUUUAUUUCAGUUGGUGCGCUGCCCUGUUCAGCAUCCUGCUCGUUUAUGCACAUCUAGAUUAUGUAUCAAUGCAUUUGUGCUGUUUUACACAUAAGAGCAGCGAGACCACCCGGUCAUUACUGUUGAGAAUCACAGUUUGCUUUUAUGUUUUUUUUAACCUUUAUACUUUUGAAUACUGAACUUAUUCUUAUUACAUGCAGCAGUUGGUCAUUCCUGCCGUUAUAAGGCUGGUUGAAAUAGUUUAUGCAGGAGUAUUUUCUUUCUGAUAUUAAUUUGCCAGACAUUUGUUUUACUUAUGCAAAGGUAACAAUGAGAAUAUAAUAAACAGUGUUGUACUGUACUCUGUGCUGAAAUCAAUACAAAUUCUUUAAAAAUAUGUUUGAUAUGGAACAGGUGCAUUUAUCUAUGUCUGGUUUUAAAUUAUUGUUUCAUUAGGAUUUGACAAGAAAUAUGUCAGAACAUUGGACAAAUAUAUAUACAAUAUGUACAUACUGUAUGCAUAUAAAACUAAAGGAUUAUUACAGUAUUAAUAAAGGCACAUUUCAGCUCUUUGCUUUGCCUUAAUUAGAUUUUUAGUUAAGUUAAUAAUUACAUUUUUGGUGCAAACACACGAGAUUGAGUUCCGCUGUCUGUUCAUUCAUCAGCCACCACAUUAAACCCCCUUCUGACACACUCA